AUGGGUGGGUGGAGGCGCAGCGUCUCCUUGAUGCAGCACUUGAGGAAGGAGAGGUUCUUUAUGUCCCCCUCGUUGACCUUCCGGUCGAGCCCCACCGCCUCCGCCAGCUCCUGUUGCACCCUCUUCAUGUCCUCCGGGCUCCUCAUCAGCUCAGCCAUCACCCACUCGAUCGCCGAUGCCACAGUUUCCGUUCCGCCGAACAUCACGUCCUGUUUCCACAGUAACACUUAGAAACGGGAUAUUGAUGGUUUUGGGUCUCUCUCUCCCCCCUUUUUCCAUACGUACCAUGAUGAUGGCCUUGAUGUUUUCUCUCGUGAUCUUGAAGGAAGCUUGGAGUUCGUCGCCGUCGGCGGCGGGGGUUUCGCCGAGGAAGACGAUCAUCUCGUCCACCAUGUCGGUGUUGAGGUCAUCAGUGGCCUUGGGGUUGACUCUGUGCUUGUCAAUGAUCUCGUCGAUGAAGCCGUCGAGUGCCGCCCUGGCGGCCUCCAUGCGCUUGCGGAGACCGUGAAGGUCCAGCGGUGCAAGCCAUGGGACGAAGUCGGCCACGUUGAAGGCGCCGAAGAGCUUGGAGAACUCCUGCAGAAUGGCGAUGAACUGGUCCUGCCCUUCGCUGGAGCUCAAACCGAAGGCGGCGCAGUAGAUGAUCCCCUUCGCGAGGUUGAAGACAAGCUCGCUGACGUUGACGGAGGCCUCCGGGGUGGCGGCUGCGGCGGCGGCGACGGCCCUGACGGCGGCGUCGGUCUCGUCACGAACUGAGGCCCAAGACUCUCCCCGCCGGCGGCUGAAGAGCUUCAUAACGCAGAGCUUGCGCAUCUGCCGCCAGAAGGGCCCGUAGUUGGCGAAGGCCAUGUCGCUGCGAUCGUAGGUGAGGUAGCGGAUGGCGGCGGUGGCGGGGCGGUUGGAGAAGACGCCGUCGUGAACCUGAAGGACCUGCCGGGCCAUCUCCGGCGAGGAGACGACAACCGUGCGGGUGGCAGCGAAGUGGAGGAGGAACAGCCCACCAUAGCGCUCGGCAAGCUUCGCGAGGCCGCGGUGGUUCAGUUGCUCUGUGCUGAGGAUGCUGCCGAUGAAGGGGACCCCACGGGGACCCGGCGGGAGUCGUCGCCUGGUUACCGCGAGCCAACCCAGUGUCAAGGCCAUGGGCAGCAGCGCGAAGAACCAGAAGGACUGCGGGCUCUCGGAAGGUCCUGACAUUUCCAUGCUUCUUCCUACUCUCCUUCCUCCCUUCCUCUAACUUCAAACCCAGAGAUUUGCCCUCUGAGGCAUACUCAGGGGAGGGCGGGGUUAUGUAUCGUGUUCGGAGAAGGGGACGGGGGUAGGCCCCACCUGGAGUUAGGUGUGGACUUUCCUUGUAUAUUUACCCAAGAUAAGGUCACAUUUGCCAUAAUACAUUAACGUAUUUCCCUGGAUUCAUCCGACCCCACUUCGCAAGGGCUCUGUAGAUAGAUAACUGUGCUCCAAAAUCUGACUCGGGUUGGCGUCUCAAGGCCACGUUGACUUGGACCUCCAAUGAUGUGGGGCUCACUCCUGUCAUGUCGUAGAUCCUAGGCUCGUCUCGUCCAUGCAUUGACCAGAUAAGUUAUUUCACGCAGGAGUAUGAUAAAAACUUAUAGAGCGGGCUUUGACAUCUGA